AUAUAAGAGUUUUCAGAAAAUAUCUGAACAGACAGACAGCAAAACCACCUCCCCUCCUUGCCCCUCGGUAUCGUUAUCUUUAUUUGCGACCUCACUCACUCUCCCUCUCUUCCCUGCAGUCCUUAACCUCUAGUUUCUCCACACCAAGGCAACAGUCGGAAGCUCAAUUGGGUACUUACGCACUGAAUGUAUGAAUGACCUCUCCAUGCCUUUACUAGAGCUUAAUUCUUCCCAGCAUUCCUUCCAUUAUCAUCUGCUUCCUUUCGGGGAUCACAAGUUGUGUCAUCUAAAUGAUACGAGACUAUCAUAUCUGUCUAGAUCUUUUAAGAUCCCCGCACAGAAAAGAAAGUUCAGUGUCGGUCAUAUUAAGAUGCAACCCAGGGAGGUGCUGGUUAGUGCAGUUGCUACCGUUGAACCCAAGAUUUCAUUUAAGAGUGAUUCACGUGAUGAUCAAAGACUGCACAUUGGUACUUGUUCCGAGAGAAGCCAAGGGGUUGAGCAUCAAUCUUCAAGCGAAGAAUUUACUGAUGUAGACGACAGAGAAAAGUUAAGAAGGAUGAGGAUCUCCAAAGCAAACAAAGGAAAUACACCAUGGAAUAAAGGCAGGAAACAUACUCCAGAAACACUACGGAAGAUCAGAGAGAAGACUAGGCUUGCAAUGCAGAAUCCUAAGGUCAAGAUGAAGUUAGUAAAUCUGGGGCAUGCUCAAAGCAAAGAAACAAGGAUAAAAAUAGGAGUUGGGGUGCGAAUGGGGUGGAAUAAGCGUCGUGAGAAGCUAAUGCUCCAGGAAACUUGUCACUUUGAUUGGCAAAGCUUAAUAGCUGAGGCGUCAAGAAGGGGCUUGAAUGGUGAGGAAGAACUACAAUGGGACUCCUACAAGAUCUUGGAUGAACAGCUUGAGCGUGAGUGGUUAGAAAGUGUUGAGGAAAGGAAGAGAAGCCCCAGGCCCAAAGGUAGUAAGAGAGCGCCAAAAUCAGCAGACCAGAGAAGAAAAAUCUCCGAGGCAAUUGCUGCUAAAUGGGCUGAUCCUGGUUACCGUGAUCGUGUAUACACCGGUCUUUCAAAAUAUCAUGGUACCCCUAUUGGUGCUGACAAUCCUAGGAGAAGGCAUAAGAGAACAAGCUCAAACACAAACACGUCAAAGAAGAAGAAAAAUGUAGCAGAUAUUUCUGCACGAAAUACAACAAAAAGCACAACUCAAAAAGCAAUUAAGAAAAGAAGUAAGAUGCCCAUCUAUACGGACCCACUAGCAAGUUCCAAGUUGGAGAUGAUAAAAAAUAUUAGAGCAGAUAGAGAGAAUAAAAAAGCUGAAGCCAUCACAAGAGCCAAGCUUCUUAUUGCUGAAGCGGAGAAAGCAGCUAAAGCUCUUGAGAUAGCUGCAACCAAAAGUCCCCUUGCUCAAGCUUCCCUCAUCGAAACUAGGAAGCUAAUAGCUGAGGCUAUUCAGUCCAUUGAAUCCAUAGAGGGCUUAUUUGAUGAGAAUAACCUCAACAUUCUUUCAAGCCAAACAGUUAGCAAUGUUGAGAGAGAGGUUGACAUGAAAUCUGAUGGUUUGUUCACAAAGAAUCAGAUAGAAAUAAAUGGAUCCCGAACCUUAAUCUCAAAUUUUGAUGACAUUUCAGACUCCACUUUUGAAAAGUUCAAUUUGCAGGAAUUACUGAACCACGAAGAUGAGCUUCUACCAAGCAGCUCCUAUGAUGUAGAAAUUAUGAAUGAUAAAGAGUACUUGAAGGAGCUCCUUAAUACUGGCAUUAAUUUGUCUCAAACUAAACCACUUCAAAAAAAGGUAGAGCCUUCCAGCUUCACCCAUCAAUUGGAUCACUUGACACCCAAUGGUAGUAGCAUUAAGCAUGAAAACUUGGUGCGAAAUGGUGCAGAGUCUGAGUUAUGGGAAAAAGAGAAGCCUCCUAAAUCAACAAGGGAAGGGAAUAUACCUAAAUCAAUAAACUCAACCAAAAAGUGGGUUCGGGGAAAGCUGGUUGAAAUGACGGAAGAAGAUUAGAGAAUAGCAGCCUGCUCUGGGUAGACAGGUUUCUGUCCAGUUGAGAUGGUGAAACUAUGGAAUCUAAAGAGUUGCACUUGUGCUGAUCGACCAACAAUUACCAUGAAUUCAUAAUGGGGUCUAAUGAUCAAAGGAGUUGUUGUAGUAUUCACCUUGUUAGCAUAUACAUGUUGAGAAGAACAUUCAUAUGUUGUAAUAUCUACAUGGGUCCAAUUUGACAUGUGGUUAAGUAGUCCGGUAAGGAUGUGCUUACAAGUUACAAUACAUUCUUGUUUGAUGAUAUAAACCAGUCCAGAUAUUUUUACACAGAA